AUGCAGAUAUCCUACAGCAGUAGCCGUAGUUGCUUUGAGCUCGCUCUAGAAUAUCUUCGUUGCUUACAUGGUACCAACAUACCGGGCGGUUAUCUUAUCUCGAAGCUGGCGAAGGGGGUGAGACUAUUACAGAGCUUUGAUCUGUAUCUGACAAAGUGUAGGAGGAGGAACCAUGAAACCUAUUUGGAACAAGAUGAGGAGGAGAAGGAUGUUACGUCUUCCAGAAUUCAAGUUCUGAUUACCAGGAAAAUCGAAGAUCUUGAAUUUGCUUGCAGCGAAUACUUGAAUCAUUCUCGAUCGCCUGAUUUGACUCGUAUUGCAAGUGAGCUCACCAUAUUCCUGGAAGCAAUCGAGUUGUUCUUCGAAACAGAUAUCAGCGAAUCGUGCAUCAACUAUCUCCUGGACUGUUACUGGCUACGAGAUCCAGAGCUAGUUAUUGAUUUCCUCGAUUCUGUUUCCAAGAUUCUGGUGGAAAUUUACAUAUACCAUUUCAAACGCCUUGUCGAGAAGCUAAUGUUCUUGAAGAGUUUCAUUCGCUUUGCUAUGCUUCGCGGCGUCGAGGGUCAGCAAUUGAUAGGUCUCUUGAUUCAUACUAAAAUGGUGUCUAUCAACGCAUUACGCCUGGCUUAUAUAUGGUGGUCUGACGUUAGCAGAUAUAAUGAUCCUGAAGCAAAACUUCAAAUUUCACGGCUAAUAAGUGAGAAGAUUAACCCCAGUGAGCCCCAAGUCCUAGAAACUUACAUCCAUGUCUUGACUGCUUCAAAGUUAUCAAUAUCAUCAAACACUUCAGCUCUGGAGAAGAGUAAGCAAACAGUAGCUGACUUUAUGGAUUAUCUCGUUCAGAAUACUACGGAGCUAUUACAACCUUGUACCAGUACUUCAGUCCCGAUUAUGAAUCAAAUGCUCAAAAUUGUUGAGGGGCUAAGAUUCCUGACAAUCCUUCUUAGGCAUCAGGAGAAGUUCAAAGAGCUAUGCCAUGAAAUGAAGAAUCUUAUUGGAAUUGUGGCCUGUGAUGCAGCGAUUGUAAUUUUCUCCCUUUUUGUGAAUCAAAUCGAAGAAGGCUUGGCCAAGGAAACCGAUCUUGCUCUUUUUCAUUUGCUCAAAGUGCUCAAGCUUAUGAGGGCAGAAUUUACACAGGUCUAUCCACUAAUAUCAGUAUCGGGAUUUGGUUUUCCUAGGAUCUGUGAGUUGGGCUCUAUGGAUUUUCUCCUAAGAAAUCUACAGGAACUAGCAAGGUCUGAUGAAAUUAAUUGUUCAAAUGCUUUUCCAGUGGAUAAAAUCCAGACGAUCCAAGAAGAUUUUGAAUUUUUAAGAUCUUUCCUGGAGAAAAUUAAGGAGCAGCGCAAUCAGAAUGAAAAACUCCAAGCUUUCUGGAGUCAUGUUAUGGAGAUUGCAUAUAAAGCAGAGUUAGUGAUUGACUGGACACUUGUUGGUGAUCGAUGUGAAUAUUGUUUGGAUGGUGUUGCUAGAGAUAUUAAUGUUAUGAAGAUUGAGGCUCAAGAGAUCUAUGAUAGCAUAAGUGAUGUUGGUAAAACCAUCAAGGGAGUUACCAUUACCAAGACUUUCACUCGCGUGCCAUCACAAGUUAUUGUCGCCGCGUACAAUGAAGAGCUGGUGCCUCUCGACGACGAGGUGAAAACUAUCACUGAUAGUCUUACAAGAGAAGGGUCAAGGCAGUUGGAUGUGGUUCCCAUCGUGGGUAUGCCUGGGCUUGGUAAGACCACAUUAGCCAAUAUAGUUUACAAUUCUCCAUCAGUAAUGUUGCAUUUCAAUAUUCGUGCUUGGUGCACUGUUUCUCAAGCAUAUAGCAUGCACAACAUGUUAGUUCAGAUAUUGGGUAGUUGGUGGGUGUCAAACCUCCAAAAAUAA